AUUUUUCUAUUCUUUUUUCACCCAAACGCACACACAUUGCUGCAGCUCUCGAUCGGGUGUUUCUCCCUCUCCACCCAGAAACCGUAGGCUCAUCUCUCCCUCUCAAGUCUCAACUCUCAUCUCUUCUCCACAUAAGCUUGGCUUGGCAUGGCAAUGGGUAAGGGCUGGAUUUCGUGGGGAAGACAAAGAACAAGGGUUUAAAGGGGCUGAAAUUUGAAACCAUAGCUGGAGCUUUGAACAUGGGUCUUGCUUCUAAGUGAAAGUUUCCAUCAUCUUCAAGCCUAGAAUAGCGAUUAUCAACAUCAAAGGUUUGAUCUACCGAUUCUUCUAAGAUAAAGCCAUGCCGCCUAGACGACGCAGAGUCGCACACCGCAAUGUGGAACUGGGGUCAGUGAAUAGAAGUGGUGGUAAUGCACCUUCACCUCCACAUCCUCCUCCACCUUCACCACCUCCUUCGCUGCCUCCUCUUCCUCCUCCUCCACCCAUGCCCGACAUGGCUCAGUUGUGGCCCUAUGCCGCACAAUUCAUGAUGGGCUUCAUGAUGAGUUGGAUGGCCGCUAUGCCUAAACAAGGUGAGCGCCAUGAAACCAUCGGUCAUACACCGACCAACACCUGUGGGCACAAUCCAUCUAUGUUUGAUGGAGGUGAUGGACAUUCGGCAACAGACUAUGCAAGUAGGAAACGAUCACUGCCAAUGGGAGCUCCUGCUUCCCCUCCGUCGAAGAAACUAUCUGUUGGUUGUGGUUCUAGGCUCCUUGGAAAAGGGGAUGCCUCUGCAAGCCACAACAAUAUCAGUGUUCUGCGGUGUAUCAAGUGUAGUACGUGUGGGAAGCCACACUCAGGGGUGUGUCGUAAGGGAUCUAAAGCGUGCUAUAAAUGUGGCCGAGAGGGCCAUUUCUCUAGAGAGUGUCCACAAUUAACAGUUACUUAUUUAUAGAUGCGUUUUCCGCUA